AAAAAAAGAUUGGAGCCCGUUUCACGAGUCCGAUUCAUGGCGCUGGCCUUCAUCGACAACGACAAGGAGCUCACGUCGACGUUCCUUCGUGCCGAGAAGGUCGCGUCGACGCUCCUCUCGCGCUUGCAGUCGGAUCCUGUUGCAGUGGACCCGAGCGUAUGGCCGCUGCACAACUGGGACGACGUGCUAUGGGCACUAAAGCAGCAAGUGCUGCACGGUCCGUGCGAAGAGUACCGCGGCUCCAUCGACUACCGCGCAAAUCAAUUCGCUUGCAACAAGUCCAAAUGGCUUGGCUGCUGCGGGCGCUUUGCCGGCGAAACCCGCUUACAAAAAUGGGAAAAGCUCGGGCGUAUGUCCAAGACGGACGCGGCCGUCAAGUACAUCCGUGUGCUCACAGACGUCGUGCCGACAUGGAACAGCCCCGCGACGCCCGAUGUCGCGCUGCUCGCCGAGUGGACGCUCGACUCGUCGUCGUACGCGUGUUCCAACUGCGGUGAAGGGUUCACACUCCUCAACCGGCGUCACCACUGCCGACGCUGCUCGCGGCUUGUGUGUGCGCCGUGCUCGUCGAGUCGCAUUGGGCUAAGGCUCUUUCCUGGUGUGCCCCAGCGCAAGCAACGUGUAUGCAACCAGUGCAUUGAGCAAAUCCCGGCACCGAUUCUCAAGGUCCUCGCUACCGGCCACGAAAUCGCGCCCGACUCCAAGCUACUACUGGGUCAGCCCAAUGACGUUGAGAGCACAGUGUCGACAAGCGCCGGCGAGGGCGUGUUCGAGCCAACGCAGGACAUUGCGCCGUCUCCCGUCAUGCCACCAGCGACACCCCCAAAGAAAGCGGCAAAAGUGACGCUCAUCAAACGCGGCUACCUCGAUCGCAUGGUCGGCACGCGCUUCCACAAAGCGUGGGAGCGCUUCUUCUUUGUGCUCCUGAUUCGGAAAGGGUCCGUUGGUAUCUACCUCCACGAGGACGACGUGACACCCGUCGAAGUGUACAAGCUCAGCGGCUACUCGAUCCGUAUCAAGAGCGAGAAGCGGCGGCCGCACCAGUUCAAGGUGCUGCACGAGUCCAACCCUGCGCUUCGGCUCUGUGCCGAGUCUCUCCGCGAGCUCAACGAGUGGGUCGCGGCCUUUGCGCAGGCCAUUGACGCCUCCGCGGCCUCGCUCGCGAUCCGGGCCCAGGACCCGCAAUAGUGAAUUCGUAAUCCAAUGCAACCACGUCCUGUGAUUGGAGUAGCGCCACG